UAUGACAGUCUAAUAGUCAGGAUUGUCAGAUCCUUGGCAUUUUCUUCUGCUUUAUGUAUUGCCAUGCAUGAUCACUUGUACUGCCAUGUCAUCUAGUGCAGAGCAGCAAUCGGUGCAUUUUAAGCAGAGAGCCCAGGAAGACCCUACAUUGCAGAUAUCUGGAGCUGGAUAAGAAAUAGAGGACAUUUGGGAAGAUGCCAGUGCCUCCUCCACCCCCACCUCCUCCACCAACUUUUGCACAGGCGAAUAUAGAGAAACCUUCGCUAUCCAAAACAGAGCUAUCUGGUAGAAGUGCUCUGCUCUCAGAUAUAUCCAAAGGGAGGAAGCUCAAGAAGGCUGUUACCAAUGACCGAAGUGGCCCCGUUUUUGAAAAACCAAAGACUUCCCCUGGUGGGGGAAUCGGUAGCGGAGGAGGAGGUGGUGGUGGUGGUGGUGGAGGAGGAGGUGGAGGUGGAGGAGGAUUUGGAGGACCUCCUGGACUAGGGGGAUUGUUCCAAGGGGGGAUGCCAAAGCUUCGAUCUGCAGGAAACAGAGAGAAUGAUUCUGUGGGAAGUAGACCUCCAAUGUUGCCACCUGGUGGAAGAACCACAUCUCCUAGACCUUUUGCCCCUUCAGGUGGGUCUCCAAGGGGACCUGCAUUGCCCAUGGGAAUCAGAAGUAAUGCCCCUGAACCUCAGAGGAACCGUUUGCCACCUCCACCAAGGAAUGAUUUUGGUGUAAGACCAGAAAUUGCACCACCUUCAGUACCUAACACACCCAGGCCAGCCCCUUCAAGUCUGUAUAAUAGAGGACCACCACCAGUCCCAGCAGGUAAUAGACCAUCAGGCUCGCCAUCUGGCCAAUCACCUUUAAAUUCAAACAAAGUACAUGGAUUUGGAGGAGUCAGCCGACAAUUACAGUCCCCUCCUCAAUCAGUUCCUUCAAUGAAUAGGCCGCCACUUCCUUUAACUCCUGCCCGAGCAAUCGAUGAUAGACCUCCACCACCUCCAACAGGACACAGACCAUCACUUGGCAGAGAUGUAGCUCCACCUCCACCGCCUCCAAAUAAUAAACCUCCAGUGCCAUCCACUCCGAGACCGAUCUCAUCUUCACUGGCUCCACCUCUGCCUCCAGGAAGGCCAGGACCUCCUCCACUUCCUCCAACACCAAGUGGUUUUGAUGAUAUGCCAAGACUUCCUCAACGUAAUUCAUCUUUAUCUGGUCCCUCUCCUCCUGCCUUACCUCCCACAAGGACAGGACCCCCACCUCCUCCACCUGCUAAUGAGAGACCACCUCCACCUGUUAGAGAACCACCCGGAAGAUCUGGGCAACUUCCUCCUCCCCCUCCUCCUGUAAGCAGAAAUGGUAUAAGUUCCAGAGGGUCUUCAGGGCCACAGACUCCUUCUCGGGUGUUAUCAGAAAGCCCAAGAAGUGGAUCAAGACCUCCACCACCUCCUGAAAGACCAGGUUUGGGAUCCCUGCCCCCACCACCACCACCCUCAUUAUCUAUUAGAAAUGGCUUUCAAGACUCAUCAAGCGAAGAUGAAUGGGAAAGAAGAUUUUCGUUUCAUCCCUUGUCUGAUUUACCACCUCCAGAACCCUUUGUUCCAACAAGUAAAACCUACCCCAGCAAACUAAUGAGAGGAGAUAGCCGAAGUGGUUCUACCAGAAAAGAACGAGGUGCCCCACCAUUGCCUCCAAUACCGAGGUGAAGUGGAUGAUACACUCUGAUUGAUUCCAUGUUUGUUCCUGGGGAAUAAGUUUUAAUGUUGCUUAUGCGUUAAUGGAUUGGAUUCCUAUGCCUAUAUACAGACCAUUUUGGAAAAUAUAAAAAUAUAUAAGAUUUUGUGUCAAUGUACUGAAGAUACAAAGGUGCAUUGCUGCACUCCUGCCGAAUAUGUUCAUGAACUGAUUUCACUGAUAAUCUAAACUUUGACCUUGUAGUUAGUUAUACGUAUAAAAUUCAAUAUGAUUUGACAGUUGCUUAUAUGAAAUAUGUAAGUUGUGAUGCUGUUAUGUGAACCAAAGCCAAUGUUUAACUGAUUAAAUACAUUACAUACACAAUCUCUCCUCAGAUAUGAAAAUAAUCAAGUUAACAUUUCACUUUCACGAUAGAGUGUACAAUUUUAAACAAGCUUCUAAUAUCACAUUUGCUUUGUUCUAUUGGUGCCCUUUUUUGAAAAGUAAACAGGUAAGCUCAUAGGAGCUCAGGAGCGUGCAUAUUUUAUAAAAUUGCUACAUUGUUGCAAGCACUGCUACCACAGAGUGCUAAAGACGUGCCCGCUCCUGAAGCUCCUAUGAGCCUGCCUAGGUUUACCAAGGUUACCAAGAAAACAAAGCAAAUUUGACAAUAGUGGUAAAUAAUGAAAAAGGUGUUUUAUUGCAGUGAAUCUGAAUCAUGAACCUUUAGUUUUGAACUUGACUUUGCCUUUAAAUAUUUUCAGUAUUGCUGCAGGAAAAGAUGUGUCAGUUCUUGGUGCACAUUUAUAAAUAAGCAUGCAGUGAUCUAGAACAUAUUUAUGAAUCAAAUUACAUAUUUACACAUUUACAGUAUUGUUAAAUGUAACCUUUAAAUAAAACCAAUGAAUAUGUUCAUUACUAUAACAAUAUAUAAUAUCAGCAACUUCCCUGUUCAAUUAUAAUUAGAUUAUUUUCUGUUUUUAUCAUCUUGAUCUAACAAGUAAAGAUGGUGAAAAAUAUCAAACAUUAUUAACAUGAGUGAUCACAGCCGUGCAUUGCUGUGAAUACAAUAGGUGCAUGUAUGCUCAAGACAUACAGUGAAGACAAAAGGAUUCUAUAAUUAUUUAAGGAUAAGGUAGAUCUAAAAAUAUAGAAUUGCACAUUAUGUACUGUUUAUUUUUGAAUAUUAUACAUUUUUCUUUUAAUGUUACAUGGUGUGAGAUUAAUGUGUCUAAAUUGAUUUUUCGACCAAAGAAUUUUAAAUGUUUUAGACAAUGAAAAAGCACAAAUAUUCUUACAUAUGUAAUUAUAUUUGUUUGCAAUGUGUUUAUUUUUAAUGUGUUUAUUUUGUUUUGUUGUUUUACAUUUCUUUUUUUAUUGAUGCACAUGAUGUUUAAAUGCUAUAUCUACUAUCUAUGUUUUCUUUAAACUGUCACCUUAUAAUAUAUUAAUGUUUUUACAUUUCCAUUUUCCCCAAUUUGAAGUACAUUUGUUUUACAUUCUAUUUUAACCGUUUAAAGAACCUAUAAAUCAUCUUUCUAUAUUUUUAAAAGCAAAUACUCAUAUUUGACACACCACUGCAUACCAUGUCAUAAUCUACAGUAUCUCCCUUUCAAAUGGCAAAGAGAGUCUGUUAGAUGACAAAGAUUAAUAUUCGAGGUGACGAGGAUCAGUGUUAUUGUAUCAGAGAUCUGUAAAAUGCACCUCACAAGUGAUUUGUUGAGAAAACAAAUCUUUUGUAUACUUUAUGCAACAAAAUAAUAACGUUCUUGUAUUUGACAACUGCUUCCAAGCAUAACCACCAACUUUGCCUUAGAGAUUGCAAACGUCUUCUCCCGUGAAUCAUUAUUACUAAUUUACUGUUUUUUCUGCGUUUUCAAUCAAAACACAAGGCCUAAAGCCUGGAAUUUCUGCAGAGUUUGUAUUCAUGUUCAGAGUAUGUCAUAUACAUUUGUUAGGUAUAAUGUAAGGCUUAGUGGAUAGUGGUCAUUCUAUUGUAAUAGCUACAAUUUCUACUUUUCCCACUAGACACUGCAGCUGAAACCAGGUUGUUGCUAAGAAAUGCCAUUGUUUAUUACUAUUAUUAUUAUUAGAUAUAUAUAUAUAUAGUAUCUCCAGCAAGUAUUGUAUUUAACUGUACAUACCUGUUUACAAGACUCUUAUUAGUGCCUUGAUGUCAUUUAAAUAUAUUUCAAAGAUUUGAUCAAAAUCUAUAUCCACACCAAACAUUUCUGGCUUUACCUGUUUGAAAAAAUCUUUUGUGUGUGUGAUGGUUUACUAUAAAAGGGUCUGUGUUGGGCUUGAGCAAUAUGACACAUUUAAAUACCAGUUAGGUAGACGGCUACAAGUUGAAUGUAAUAUCCCCACACUGAUAGAAGGCACUGUUAAAGGGACAGUGUAUUGGAAAAUUGUUUUUCCCUUAAUGUGUUUCCAACGACUUGUUAUACCAUCUGCAGAGUAUAAAAUGUAUGAGAAGAUGCUUCUUCUUGUUUAUUUGUGUAAAUUAAAUAGCUGGUUUUCUUCUUUGAAACCACAAAACCAUUAAAAUGUUUUUAAUUUUU